AUGGUCAAAUCAGAACCUUUCAACCCACCUUCAGCUGACGCACCUGGUAAACCCAAGAUCGCAGACUGGGUCCCACCACCAGUAACGAAAGAAACACACAACUUCGCUAUGUUGACUUCCAUCGAUCUCUCAUUGCUCGAUUCCGACGAUCCAGCGGUAGUUCAAGAUCUGAUCGAACAAGUGAAACGAGCCAUCAGAGAAGAUGGGUUCUUGUUCUUGGAGAAUUACGGUGUCUCGCUCGAGCAGCUUCAACGACAAUUCUCUAUCGCCAAUCACCUCCAUACCCAUCUCUCCGACGAGGAUAAAGAACGACUAUUGUUCCAUCCUGAUACUGGACUAUGGGCUGGAUACAAACACCCUUACGGUUUUAGUAGACACCGAGGUGCUUGGGAUGGUAUAGAGCAGUUCAACUGGUACAAGAAACAAUGGGAGAACUGGGACCUCGUACCUAAAUGUGUUCUUCCUUUCAUGGAUGAAAUCGAAGCUUUCUCAAAAUACUUGAGUUAUUCAGUUAACAAAAGACUUCUUACUCUCUUCUCGAGAGUUCUUGAACUACCCUACGACGAUUGGUUAUUCGAUAACGUCCAAUCAAAAGGUUCACCCUCAGGUGAAGGUUAUUUCAGACAUGCAAUUUUCCGACCUGUCGAUGAAAAUACCGAUAAAUCCUCUAGGGGAGUAAGGAUGCAAGGUCAUACAGAUUACGGUACAACCACUUUACUUUUCUCUGUACCUAUCUCAUGUUUGCAGAUUUACGGUAAAGAUGAAGAAUGGCAUUAUGUACCUUACAAGCCUGGUGCUUUGGUCAUCAACAUUGGUGAAUUACUUGAGAUCCUUUCGGGAGGUCAUUUCAAAGCUACUUUACAUAAAGUGAAUAGACCUCCUGCAGAUCAAAUGACUUUCGAGAGAUUGUCGAUCGUACAAUUCAAUUCGGGCAUUGGAGAUUUGAGAUUACAACCUAUAAAAGAAUCCAAAUUGAUACAAAGAGAAGGUACUCUCGAUUACCAAGGUGUAUACCAUGAAUUCAAGAGACUUGUCGAUGCUGGUCUUCCCAUCCCUACUAACGGACAAUGGCGAGAGAUUCAAAUCUCACAGACUGUCGAUCCAACAGAUACAGAGAGAAACAAAGUCGGAAAAGAUUUCGAAAUCAUCAAUGGAAAAGUCUAUCAAGUUAGAGAAUUUCAUGGUGUCAGGACCGUUCUUCCUGUAUAG